UCCCCUUAUCUCCUCCCUCGCCUUUUCCCCAAGGCCCCAACUAUGCAAUCUGCAACGAUGCCUCUCUUCAAGCCCCUAUCAAUGGCUGAGGGCUGCCUUACUUCUUCCCCUACCCUAUUCACCCGUAAAACGUCAUACCCAUUUCUUUCUCUUCCUUCAAAACCCACAAAACUCCACCUUUCCUCUUCGCCUUCUUCACAUCCCUCGUGGUUGCCUCUAACAAACAAGCUCUCUCCGUCGACUCUAGUACCUCUUGUGGCCCAGACCACCUCUGGCUUGACUGAACAAGAGGCAGACCAAACUGAGGAACAAACAAAGAAAUAUUUUUUUGUUGUUGCAAAUGCAAAGUUCAUGCUUGAUGAAGAAGAGCAUUUCAAGGAGCUGAUGUUUGAGAGGCUUCGCUACUAUGGGGAACGCAGCAAGGAGCAAGACUUUUGGCUUGUCAUUGAACCAAAAUUCUUAGAUAACUUCCCAAAUAUCACCAAGAGACUGAAGAGACCAGCUGUUGCUCUGGUUUCAACCAAUGGCCCAUGGAUCACGUUCAUGAAGCUGAGACUGGACAGAGUAUUAACAGAAAGUUAUGAAGCUGAUAGUCUAGAAGAAGCUUUAGCCUCAACCCCUGCUAAUUUGGAGUUUGAGAAGCCCGAAAAUUGGGUAGCACCCUAUCCAAAGUAUGAGUUUGGGUGGUGGGAGCCAUUCUUGCCACCGGUAUCUAAAGAAGCAAAAGUAUGAGCUAGUGCCAUUUUUUUGUACACGUUGGUUUUCUGCAUGUAGUUAUAUUGAUUGUCUAAAUUGAGUAUAUGCUAAUAUAUGACUUUGUUUCUUUUUGGUACCUGAAAUAAGAGAUAGAGCUUUGUUCAUCAGAAA